AUGUUUUCCCGCAGUGUCAAAGCAGUGCUCCCCCCACCUUCUUCUGCUCUUCGCUCCAUUGCGUCCUCCUCUUCUCGCCCGACUUUUUACUCUCGAUCCUCCAUUCCCAAUUGCUUCAACUCUUCGCCUUCUCUUCGCGCUUUCCAUCAAUCUUCGCCAGCCAUGUCUACCGCUUACUUUGUCGUCGAGUACGGCCCUGCCAACAACACCACCACCGGUCGCAUCGACUUCAAGCUCUACGACGAUGUCGUCCCCAGGACCGCCAAGAACUUUGCUGAGCUCUGCAAUGGCUUCACGGACAACACUGGUGCCAACUUGACCUACAAGGGCUCCAGCUUCCACCGUGUCAUCCCCAACUUCAUGCUCCAGGGUGGUGACUUCACCCGUGGCAACGGUACCGGUGGCAAGUCCAUCUACGGUGAGAAGUUUGCCGAUGAGAACUUCAAGAUCCGCCACGAGAAAGUCGGCCUCCUGUCCAUGGCCAACGCCGGCCCUAACACCAACGGCUCCCAGUUCUUCAUCACCACCGUGAAGACUAGCUGGCUCGACGGCAAGCACGUUGUCUUCGGCGAGGUCACCAGCGGAUACGAUGUUGUCCAGAACAUCGAGAAGCUCGGUACCAGCUCUGGUUCCGUCCGCGGUACCGCCAAGAUCAUUGACUCUGGUGCAUCCGCCUAA